UGCAUAGAUUUAUAGUUAGCUCCGAUUAUUGGAAUGAGUUAAUAACGAUUACAAUUGUCACGAUUGGGGGAUGUACGCCGUUACUCAGCUCGUUGAAAGUUUCAACGGCAGCAAGCGUUGCGGCCAUUACGACCUCGAGCAGAGUUUACAAUCGCAUCGUCAGUUCAAUGCUUCUGAAAGCAUUGCCUGACAACAUGGAUAUGAUCAUGACAUCGUACGCAUGCUAGGUAUUAUACAGCAUCCCAUUGGCUGCUUCAUGGUCUAAAAAUGCCCCUCAACUACUGUUUUUGUACGAGUGACAGCCCACUGCACCUCCGAUAGCGGGGCAGGUCCAGUCAACAUUUUUGGCGGGGCAAUUACGCCUUAAGACAACCGGGAUCGAUCACCUUCGCGAGACGGCUCACUAUACUGUCGACAUUCUGCCUCAACAUAGACGGUCAACUUCAAACCAGCUGAUUGGCUUGAUACAACAUGGCUUCCCAAUUUCCCACAAAGAAGGUCGGUGUGCUUGGCGCUACUGGCUCCGUCGGCCAGCGCUUCAUCCUUCUCCUUCAACAGCACCCGCACUUUAUCCUACACGCUGUGGGUGCCUCUUCCCGAUCCGCGGGCAAGAAAUACAAGGAUGCCGUGCGGUGGAAGCAAGCAUCGCCCAUGGGCAGCGUCGGCGAGUUGGUCGUGAAAGAGUGCAAAGCCAGCGAGUUCGCCGAAUGUGAUGUUGUUUUCAGUGGUCUAGACUCCGAUGUGGCAGGAGACGUCGAAAUGGAAUUCCUCAAGGCAGAGAUCGCCGUCUUUUCGAAUGCCAAGAACUACCGCCGCGAUCCUCUGGUGCCUCUCGUCGUGCCCACAGUCAACCUGCCGCAUCUCGAUCUCAUCCCCCACCAAAGGAAACACCACAAGUUAGAAAAGGGUUUCUUGGUCUGUAACUCCAACUGUGCCGUCAUCGGCUUGGUUAUUCCUUUCGCCGCACUGCAGGCCCAGUUCGGCGAGGUCGACACCGUUUCCGUUGUUACAAUGCAGGCUGUAUCCGGAGCUGGCUACCCAGGAGUAAGCUCCAUGGACGUUAUCGACAACGUCGUGCCCUUUAUCUCUGGCGAGGAGGACAAGCUUGAGACCGAAGCACGAAAGAUUCUCGGCGGCAUCAAGGACGACAAGACGGCUUUCGUCGAGCAGGAAGGUCUGCGGGUUUCCGCUGCUUGCAACAGAGUGCCUGUCCUUGACGGGCACACUGCAUGUGUCAGUUUGAAGUUCAAGAACCGACCUCCGCCCAAGGCCGAGGACGUCAAAGCUGCUCUCCGCAACUACGUCAGUGAGGCGCAAAAGCUUGGGUGCCCCAGUGCACCGGAGCCGAGCAUCAUGGUCUUCGAUGAUGCAGAUCGCCCACAGCCGCGCCUGGACCGUGACCUCGGCCGCGGAUACACGGUCAGUGUUGGUCGAGUGCGUGAGGACGACAGCGGUAUCUUUGAUAUCAAGUUCGUGGCAUUAAGUCACAACACUGUGAUUGGAGCUGCUGGCUCGUCUAUCCUGAAUGCCGAGGCGGCAGUGCUCAAGGGCUAUAUCUAAAUGCAUACAAACGUGGCGUGAUUGAUUGGCAUAUUUCCGGCGUCGGUGGGGAAAAUUCAGCAGAAUAGAAAGUCUUCGGCUAGAUGGCCGCAACCUAAAUGGCAAAAAUCCCUUAACACCAUCAUCUGGUUUUCCUGCGUUUUCCGGCAAGGUCGACGAACCAGUGCGCGCUUUGACUACAUUGCCUGGACGUUGUCUUCACGUCGAUUCGCAAACCUCAAUGCAUUGUACAACAAGGAACUAUCAGAACCAACAGUAUUUGUGACAAUUGACAGGACUAGAUCUAGAUCGACUUAGAUUUGGAACAAUUCAGCUGCAUAUUAUGAU